CUGCAAGCUAACCUGUCAACAUCAAGCAAUCUACAUUAUUCUUCCAACGUCUCAGUUGACACAAAAUGGCACAAUAUCGGGGGGUCGCGAUCAUGGGCGUCCUGAGCACAGCUUUCCUCGCUCUAGUUGCCAGUCUCAUGCUUGUAGAGAGCAAAACUUCCAACCCCGUUCUUUACUGCCUAUCCAACCCAGCUUCAUCAUCGAUCACAACACUCAAUGCUUCUCUACCACAAGCUCAAUGCUUCAGGGUCCAGAAUGGGCUGUUCACUGAAGUGUUGACUGAAACUCCUACAGGAAUAGAAGAGGAGAUUGUAUACCUUAAUGGAUACGUACUUCCUGGAAUCAUUGAAAGCCAUGGGCACAUCUUGGCGUAUGGGGAGAUGCUGGAGUCUGUCUCCUUAUAUGGUGCAGACAGUAUGGAAGAGGUGAGAAAGAGGAUCAAAAGCUUUUUGAAAACCCACAAAGGCGGGAAGUAUGGUUCACGUGAGAAGUGGAUUCGAGGAAUCGGAUGGGAUCAAGCCUUUUUCGGUGGUGUGAUGCCUACAGCUAGUGAGCUUGCUGAGGAUCCCGCGUUAGCAGAUCUCUAUAUCAUGCUAGACCGCGUCGAUGUUCACUGCGUCCUCACCUCUCCAAAGGUGCUUGAACUGCUUCCAGAUCCGCUACCAGAAGCACCACCUGGUGGAGUUGUCGUCACAGAUCCCGGUCCAGGUGUCUUUUGUGAUAAUGCCAUGGACGUGAUUGUGUACCCAAUAGCGCCGAAGCCAGGAAUUGAACAGAAAACACGGUGGUUCAAAACAGCUCUAGCUGAGCUGAACAAAGUCGGUAUUAUUGGAGUCGGAGAUGCUGGCAUGAGACCGGAUGACGUUUCGAUUCUCGAAGGUCUGGCUGAGAAGGGAGAGCUUACUCUGAGGAUCAAUGUUAUGCUGGAGUGUGCGGAAAGAAAUACCUACUGUCCAGACGAGACGAAGAGACUGAAGUUAUUGGAGGCGCCAGCUUCUGAGGGAUUGGGAGAGAGUACAUUGAUGUUGGGUGGUGUGAAGCUUUUCGCGGAUGGUGCUUUGGGAUCGUGGGGUGCAGCAUUGUUGGAGCCUUAUUCGGACAAGAGAGAGACGAGCGGGACUAUGUUGAUCAACGAAACAGAGUUGACCACUGUUGUCAACGAGUGGUUCCACGCUGGGUUCCAAGUCAAUAUCCACGCAAUUGGAGAUCGUGCGAAUCGAGCUGCAGUAGAUGCCUUUGAAAAUGUUCUUGGGCCCAACUGUAACGGAUGCAAUGAGGCUAAAAGGCUGAGAAUUGAGCAUGCUCAAAUUAUUCAUUCAGAGGACCAGAAACGUAUUGCCAAAAUGGGAAUAAUCCCAAGUAUACAGCCUACUCAUGCCACCUCCGAUAUGGCUUAUGCUCUCGAUCGACUGGGGAAAGAGCGCAUCUCCCACUCAGCUUACCGAAUGGCGAGCCUAUUCCCAUCGAAAUCUGCGCUCGAAACCUCGAAAUACCCUGGUCCAGUGCUUGGAUCCGACUUUCCCGUCGAGCCACCUUCUCCUUUCGAAGGAAUGUACGCCGCAGUCACCCGUCUAAAUCCACAUACCGGCACAAGCCCAGCAGGUCAUCAAGGAUGGCAUCCUGAGGAAUCGUUGACUGUAGAACAGGCUGUUCUGGGGUUUACGAAGAAUGCUGCAUAUGGAUGGUUUAAAGAAGGCAAAGCAGGUGCUAUUGAAGUGGGAAAUUGGGCUGAUUGGAUUGUUAUUGAUAGAGAUAUUUGGGCUGACAAGACUGGGAAGAGCCUCAGGGACGUGAUUGUCAAUGAGACAUGGAUGGGUGGGAGAAGGGUAUUUCCGCCUUCGGGAGGCUCCGAAAUUGGUGGUGACCAGAAGAAUUCUUCGAAAUGGCUGCAAGAUACAUUGCGUCAAGGUAUUCAAUGGAUGACUGGAGGUGGACAAGAGGAGUUAUAAUUGACAGCAUUAAGUGGUCGGCUAUCUUUGCCAGCAUUUCUUUACGUACCAUAAAACGCCUGACCUUACAAGUCCUAUAGUUCUUAUGCAAAAAGGUUCCUUGCGAGUGAAUUAUUUUGCGAGCUAUCCCUCCACGUUAAGAGGGAAGAUACUGAAGGAGGGGAUGAUUCAAAUCAGUCUAAAGCAGCCUUAAGGAUCUAAAUUCUAGCACUUCAAUUUCU